CUCUCUCUCUCUCCAACUCGUUAAGAAAAGUCCAUCUAGUCAAUUUUAAAGCUUAAAACCUACCUUACUUACUUUCAGUUUCAAUCUUUACUUACUUAUUUUCAGUCUCACUCCACCGCAUCAAGAAAGAAGACUGCUUCUUCUUCUUCUUCUUUUUGUAUUAAGGGAGGAAUUUAAAUGAUCAAAAUUUGAUUUCUUCUUUUUUUAACUGCAACACUUUAAUCCAAGCAAGAAAUCAGAGAGACCUUAAAACUCUUACUUUUAUUGUUAGUACGCGUUUCGUCCCCAAAGUUUGGGAGCAGCAUUAUUUGGCAAGUUUUAAGAGAAGAUCAAUUCUUCCUCCAUUUUGUGCAAUGAUAUUUCAAAUUUUGGCGAAUUACGUAACAUAACUCGCAAAAAUUUUGCAUGAAAGGAACUAACUAAAUAAAUAAGUAAUAAUAAAAGGCUUCCUCAUUUUUUAAAAAGUCAGUCGGCACACACGUUUUUUUAUUGUUGAAAAUUAUUAUAAGGCUUUUUUGGGGUGGAUUUCAAAUUCAGAUUUCAGUUCAACAAGAAGAGAUACAAUAAGACUACUUCUCGACUUCCUUCCGGAGGGGGCAAUUAUUAAGCAAAAGUUAAUACAGUGAGUGAUAAUAAACAGAAGUGCAAGCAAGCAAAAGUCAGUCAGAAUUGGAGCAAUCUCGUCUCGUCCAUGCAAUUUAUUUCAUGCACUACACGCAAUACAAUAUCUGCAUAGCGUAGGUAGAGUUGGUUAGUUAGUUGGUGACCAAUUGUGUGUAAUUAUUAGUUAUACAGUGGUAUUUCUAUAUUUAUCUCUGCUUUUAAGCCUCAGUCGAGGUAAUGAAGGCACCAUGUGAAGUUGGCUCGAAAUUUUUUUCAAAAUAUUUUUUCUUUUUUGAAUUUCUGAAACAGUGAUAUUAACCCAGUUUUAAUUAGGAGUUUUAAUUAGGAUAGGAGACGAGGGCAAAAAUACUUAUGAAAGUUUUUUUAACAUUUUUUUAUGAAUUAGUUCAAAAUGAAUAAAAUCUGAAUAAAAAUGAGACUGAUAUGAAAAAUCAAUCCAGUUUUAAGAGUGGAGCUCAAAAAUAUACAACUUUUUUUAAAAUGGGACAAUGAUACAAGUAAAUUCAGUUUUAGGAGAGCAAAAAAAUAUUCAUUUUUUUGUUUCAAUUUUUCGAAAAAAAUGAGGUAGUGAUAUUAUUUCAAUUAUUAUGUCAUUAGUCAAGCAGUCAUUUACACUGUAAAAAUAAUUACUUAAUAAGUGUAGGAGAGAGAGAAAUUAUGUAAAAAUGACGGCAGCGAAAGUGAAGAUAAAAGCUAUUUUUACCAUUAUUAUUAUGUCAUCUAAAAAAUCGAUACGUAAUUAAUAAUUAAUCAUCGAUAAGGAUCAAUAACUCAAUCUUUCGAGACACUAAAACCGUUUUGUUUUAAAAAGAAGUUGCAAAAAUCGUGAUUCUUCGAGUGAAAUGGAAAUCAUCAAAGUGAGACGAGUAGUAAAGUGAUGAUGAUGUUGACGAUUAUUAUGAGACAGAAGAAAUGGAGACAAGACGAGGAGGAGGCAGAUUGAGAUUUUUAACCACAAGUGCAUUUUGAGAAAUACUAAAAUUUCUCAAUUUUUUAUUACGAUGAAUAAUAUAUAUUUCUGGAAAAAGUUUAAAAACAAGUUUAAAUUGAGUGAGCAAAAAAAGUGGAAAUCGAAGAAGAAAAAUGUGCAAAAAUCGUGGUCAACCUGGAGAAAGGUGUGUGUCAAAUUUCCUCUCGUUUUCAUCCUUCUCGCGAUGACGUGUAUCGGAUCUGCUACUUCCGGUGGUGGUGGAAGUGGUCAUCAGGACGCAUUAGGAAAUCACCACCCACCACAAAUUCCCCAAGAUGACGCACUUCUCCUUCUCCUCCCCCUCGAAAAGGACCGACUUACCCCCCAAAAUCUGCCAGCAAUUGCCCCCACAAACGAGACCCUAAACCCAACGAGAAGAAGAAAUGCACCUCAUAAUACAAAAUCCAGUCAAAAAACGAAAACAGAAGACAAACUUCUUCCUCCAGAUAAGAAUAAAAAAGUGAACAGGAAGAAGACGGAUAAUAAAAAUGUUCAAAAUUUUGAAAAUAAUCAGGACAACGAGGGUUCCGUACUUGUUCCUCUGGACAAGAAGAAAAAAGUGGCGAAUGUGCCCAAGAAGAAAAAGGCGGAUAAUAAAAAUGUUCAGAAUUUUGAAAAUAAUAAAACCAACGACCAUUCCGUCCCCGUCGGAAACAAACUUGUUCUUCCCGAACAGAAGAAAAAAGUGGUCAAGAAGACAAACGUAAAAAAUUUUAACAAUCAAAAUGACGAUGAUUUCGUCACAAAAGUGACCACCGUGAAGAAGAAGACAAAAAAUAAUCAAAAUUUUGAAAAUAAAGACGAUGAUUCCGUCCCCGUCGUCCCGAUCCAACUGCCCCCACCAAACGCCACCUUGCACUACCACUACACCGACGAUCCGACCUCCUCCCUCAAAAAUUUGAUGAAAACGGACUUUUCCAAAAUCAUCCUCCCCUUCAAAACUACGCAAAAAGACGUCAGAAAUCCGUCCCAUUAUCGCGACCAAACCAUCUUUUUCCAGGAUUUCGACAACGUCGACGACGAAGACGGUCACAAUUUCGACAACGAUUUCAACCUUUACACAGAAAUGGGGGACGACAACGACCAAUCAGUUUCGGCUGGGACGCAAAUCCAAAAGUAUUCAAAAAGUGACACAUUUUUACAUCAUCAUCACAAUAAUGAUAACAAUCGUGCCGAAAAGAAGAAUUCCUCGCAAAAUGCGAAAUCCUCGUCGCAUAUUAAGAAGACCAAUUCGAAAAGGAAAAUAAUGCAGCCGCAAAAUAGAAAUAAUUUCUUCACUGAGCACGAUUACCCACAAAUUAGUCACGACGAUUCUACCAGUUUUAGUGGUGGUGGUGGUGGUGGUUUUAACAACAAUAAGAACACAGCAACAAUGAGAACGAGAACGAGACAAAAUAAUAAGAAUAAUAAUAAUAACAAUUAUGACGAGCAGCUGAGAAGAAAUAAAAAUAAAAAUAGUACGACUCGCGGUAAAAGUGACAGUUUUUUGGUGGUUGGGGAUAAUAAAAGUGAGAAGAAUAACGACCAUUAUUUUGGUGAUUAUCAAAAUGAUAAUGAUAGCGACGACGAUGAUGAGCUUGGUGAAGAUUUUUUCGAAUCGAAGAAAAUUUCUGGGAAUUUUUACCCGAAAAAAGAUAAUGCAAGUGUUGGGACGGGUUUUGGGUCCAGUUUGGAGGAUGUCAGUUUGUCCCUGAAUUUUGACAAUGGGAGGGGGACCGAGGGGGGUGAGGAUUCCGAAGGUCGUGAUUUGACCAGGAGACGACGCCCGAGACGAAGUGUGGUCCAUUUGUAUGACAUGGUGGUUUGUGCGACGGGCUGUAAUCCCUUGGCGUAUAAAGGGUAUGGAUGCUACUGUGGGUUUUUGGGGUCGGGAUUGACCGUGGAUGGGAUUGAUAGAUGCUGUGCCAAACAUGACUGGUGCUAUCAUCAUGCCAAAUGUCCCCCAUUUUUGACCUAUUUCGUGCCAUAUUAUUGGACUUGUAAUGAUGGACGGCCAAGAUGUGUGACCGAGUACCGGGGAUGGAAAGGCGUCUGUGGUGCCAACUUGUGUGAGUGCGACCGUCAAUUUGCUCAGUGCCUGAGGAAGUAUCCUUGUCCACGUUCGAGAGCUAUGUGUAUGACCUCACCACUCAGGUUUUUACAAAAUAUGAUGAUAUAUUCCCGCUAUCAGGCACCCCCACCUCCGCAGAUUUACCAUCACCAUUUCUAAACCACAAACAUGGACACUUUUGUGACGAAAAUCUUAAUUAAUGACUUAUAUUUUUUGCCAACGUCAAAUUCGACCAUGAUGCCGACGUGACGACAAUGCACUGCAACGCCAAGCCACGCUACGCCACAAAUAUGUGUAAAAUAAAAAAUGCAAUGCACUGCAUGCUCACAAAGUCAGUAUUCAAAUGUAAAUAAGUUUUUUUCGUGAGAAAAUACUGUAUCGUAAUUAAAUGGAUUUGAUUUAGUGGUUAAUUUAGGUUUGAAUAGUUUCAAUGAAUCAUUUUUGUAGUUGACUUUUUUUCAUAGUUUUUUUUUGAAAAUUUGGAAUUUCUUAGCUCGCUUUUGAAAAACUUUGAAUAUUUCUGGACUUGUUCACUCGCUUUUUGAAACUUUGUAAUAUUUCUUGACUUGCUUGCUCGCUAUUAGAAAAUUUGGAAUAUUUCCGGACUUGCUUACACUCGCUUUUUGCAGUUUUUUUUAUCCCCCUGCAUUUCCUAUAUAAUUAACUUGCUUGCUUUUAAUUAAUAUUUUAAUAUAAUUAAGUAAUUACGCAUUUUAGAUUAAUUAUUGUAUGAUUUUCUCUUUAGAAAUCUUCCUGGACCGAACUUUUUCUUCCUGGCGUAAUAAAACCGUCGGAAAAUUAUUAUCUUCUAUUAAUUUUCGCAAUUUUGUAAUUCGCAUCGUAAUUUGUAGUAUUCUAAAUAUUCUCAAUAUUUAUAUUUAAUUAAUUAAACUCCUUCCAGUAAUAAUCUGUUCAGUAUUUGCGAAAAGUAUUAUAUAUUUUUUAUACGAACUAAAUAUUCUUCAACUUUUUCGAGCAAUUAUGUAAAUAUUUAGGUAAGCGAAAAAAGAGAGUUAUUUACAACUUAACUGAGGGCAAUAUCUAGUCAACGUUCUGAUAAAUUCAAGCCACAGUACACACCAGAACUAAUUUAAUUAUAGUGUAAAAUAAUUAAGUAAGUAAUCGCGGUUGAAAUCACGAAAUAAUUAAUGAAU